AUGUCCGCCGCUCGAUCCGUAGUGCGGGCGUCAGGUGCCCGUAUUUUGGUUGCUACGGUCGGCACAGCCUUCGGCCCGGCUUAUAUAACGUACAUAGCCUUAUAUAACCCGGACCCGCCGUAUCUACUCCACUGCGGCAGCUUCCCUUCAAACGCGAAACUCUCGCAGGACAGGGUGUUAGUGGCGGUACAUUUAUCGGAAGCGGCGUGCGGAAAGAUAAGGGCCGAACGUUCUCGAAUCCUCUCCGGCCUCUGUGGCCAGAAGCGGCCGCGCCUUUAUCUGGGCGCUCUAAAGAUACGGCGGCUCCGAUUGGAGCAAUUACAAAAGACGCCGCCGAAAUCCCGACAGCGGGUGCCGUCCGUCGAGAGCUCCGAUGCCAACGAUUGCCGAGAUCAAUGCAACGUCGUAGAAAUGGACCGCGGCUGCGUCACACCUAGAGGACUUACG